AUGCUCGCGGCCAAGCGCGCGGCGCCGCGGCCCGUGCACGCCCCAAAGAGCGACGCUGCCCUGUUCCAGGCGCCGGCCGAGGUGGUGCACGCGCUGCUGCCAGACGCCCGCCCCGGGCAGGCAAUAAUGACAGGCAUCCAAUCGAUGCUCCUCAACCGCGCCGCCCGCCACGCCGCCGCCCUGCGCGCCCACGCUGCCGCGUUGGAGGCCGCCCGCGGCCGCGCAGCGGCGGGCUGCGAGGCGGCUGCGCGACGGCUCGCGGCGCGGAUGGCGGGGUGCGACUCGGAGAUUGAGGCGCGGCUGGACACGUUGCAUGAGACGAGGGUGAUGCAGCUGGACUCGGACCAGAUUGAAGAGGUAUGGGAGUAUGUGGCGUCUCACGGCCCCGAGCGCUUGGCCUGGCUGGGGCAGCUCGAGUCCGACCUGGCGGCGGCCGAGUCCGAGCGCCGCGGCGAGGGGGAGGCCGCGCUGCGGGUGCUGGCGGGGGCGCUGCAGGAGGCGUCGCACGUGGACGAGGGGCAGGCGCAGCGGUUGGUGGAGGCUGAGGCCCUGGCGCUCAACGCGGCGCUGCUGGAGGACAGGCAGCGGGCUUGCGAGGCGCUCAAGCGGCUGCACACGUCUGAGGUGCUGCAGGAGCGCGCACGGCGCCGCCGAUGGGAGGCCGGGCUCUCCCAGUGGCGCACCCUGCGCAGCGAGCAUGCCAUCGACUCAUUUGCAAAGCGCCUGGCCAGUUGCGAGUUUACGGAAACCGAGGCGGCGCUGCGGCUGUUUGGGCAGCUGCGGGAGGCCCAGCAGGAAGCUGCGAGGAAGCUGCUUGAGCACGUCCGGUCCGCCGCGCCGCGGAUGAUGCCGCCGGGCACGUCGGCGGCGGCGGCGGCAGCGUGGGGCGAGGAGGGCGAGAGGCUGUGUGGCGAGUGGGAUGCGCGGCUUGCGGAUGGUUUGGGGGCGUUGGAGAAGCAGGACUCCGAGACUGAGGCACAGCGGGCAUACUGA